AUGGACACUGUGGGAAUUGAACCCACGACCUCACGCAAUCACGGACUGGACGCUGAGUACGAUCAUCCAGUACUACGUCCUCUGUCUCCCAUCUGUUAUAUAACCGCUUUUAUCCCUGCAAGUUCGACGUUACUGCAGCCAAUUUAUACCGCUAAACGACCGCAUUCCUCUGACUGUCAUAGCGUGCGACUCAAGGCGGCAAUACCCCUCAGCGGGUUGGACGCUGCCAAUGACGCGGCACUCCAGUCAUCUGCGGAUCUAGCAAAUCCCGCUUGUACUCGAAAAUUGAUGAGCAAAGGUGCCAAUAUUAAUCCCUAUAUGACGAGAAAUAUCGUAUAUCCGAUGAGCAAAAUAGCGAACAACGCGGCUGAUCCUACGAAUAUCUUGAUGACUGGGUUGAAUCGUCGUUUCAAGGUCAGGCUAAACUGA